AUGGAUAACUUCGAGUACAGCAUCCAGCUGAACGACAGGGACUGGGCUGAGUUCUUCUUGGCGUCAGAGGAAUGCAACCUAGCACCGGCCGCCCUGGCCACGGCCGAGGAGCCGUGUCUCAGUGACAUUGAACAAGGGGACGGCGUGCCGGGGAGGGACUGCCGCGCCAGCACCCCCGGGCAGAUCGCAGCGAGGGUGGGCAGCAGGCCAGGGCCUGGCACGGGAAGCUCUGCCCCACGUGGGCUGCCCAGAGACGCCUCCCUGCGCUGGCCCGCUGGUGGGCACCUCUCCCUGCCGGAGCUUCUCUCGGGCAGCGAGGACGAAGCGGACCUGGGCUCGGUCGGCAGGUUUCUGUGUGAGAGCGACAAGUCCAGCUGCCCUUCACCCGCUCCGAUGCCCAGCGCGCAGGGGACGCAGCCCCCCUGUGCCCCCACAGCCCCCCUCGCCAGCCCGGCUGGUGGCACCGCCGAGAGCAGCCCAGGGCAGGACACAGCAUGUGAAGCAGCAGCACCGCAGCUGGCUGUGGCAUUGGAGAAAGAAGCAGCCAGUGGCAAUCGGGCCAUGGAUCCUCUCAGCCACCCAGCUGGAACAAGAGCCCCUGAACAGGGAGGAGAACAGCCCCAUGGCAGCCCGCUGGCCGCACAGCUGGGGGCUCCGGUGCGGGGCAGCUUACUGGCUACCCCCCCAGAGGGUUCGGCAAGGAAAAGUUCUAGCAGCGCUUCCCGCUCGGAGCCUGGGCUACAGGGACCACAGCAUGAGCACCCCCUGAGCCCAGCCCUGGAGUCUGCACCCAGAGCGCCCGGCUGCCCAGCGCAGGAGGGGGCAAGUGGGGAGAGAGCAGGUACCGAGCUGAGCCCCCCAGCUUGCUCCCCGGACGUUGUGAGGCCCAAAGUGCCAGGACAGCUGAGAAAGAGCCGCAAACAACGUGGAGCCAGUGCUGCUGAGGGGGACAGGGAGCCCGCGGGGGCUGCGGCACAGGGGACUGUGGUACCCACGAAGGCAUCUUUAAGCUCACCAGUGUCCUCACGAAAGAGCAAAGGGAAGGAGAAGGCAGCCAGGCCAGCUCCUGCGAAGCUGGGGAGCGAGGAGGCAGGGGAGAGCAAACGGCUGGUGGCCAGCCCUGGCACGGAUGAGGGCAACGCAGCCGUGAGCGCUCCCUCGAAGCAGAAGGUGAAGGAGCCGGGGGCACAGCCCCCAGGGAAGGCGAAGGCCACCAAGAAUUCAAAGCCAGGGCAGGCUGGUGACUUGGGCAUACGUGACAUUGUGCCCGUGAUCCCUGCCAGUGGAGCCAUGGCUCCUUCAGGAGAGGCAUGCCAGGAGGUGCUGGCGAAGCCUCUCCAUCCCAGGGGCAUGGUGGCUUCUGGAGGGGAUGCUGCUGAAGGAGCUCAUGGGGAGCCUGCAGCUGAGACCCUCAGGGACCUGGGCCCCCCCUGCUUUGCAGCUGGGGAUUCUGCAAGGGCAGACACCCUGGAUGUGACUUGGCCCGAGAUGUACGAUUAUUUGUUCUGUGACUCCCAAGAGGAGGAAGAAGGAAUGGGGAACUCAAUGGAGGGGGAGAAAACACCCUUGGAAAGGGAAAUAUCCUUGCCUGAACUGUAUGAAUAUUUUUUCAAUGAGCCAGAAGGAAAUAGGAAAAAAGUCAAGGGUAAAGACAGGAAGCGAAAGAAGUUCAGCAGCUUGGACCACACGCAGCUGCAAAAUGAGGAUCCCGACUCAGCUCCAGUCAAAGACUCCCUGGUUAUCUCGGUCCCUGAGGUGUAUGAACACUUCUUUGCAGAUGGGCCUGGGAGCAGGGUAGGCUGGAGAGGGAUUUUCUCAAUCACUCCAGCCUACGAGGUGAAGAAAGCUGUGGGGGCUUUGAGGUCCCUCCUGCAAAGGCCAAUGCAUCUCAUCAGGGGCCAAGCCCCAGCCCCCCAGGCUCUCGUACGGAGAGGAUCUGGAGAGAAGCUCCCCCUCGUCCCGCUGGCUCCGCUGGGAAGAGGCCUGGCACGGCCGGAAGGUUUGGACAUGGCCCUUGCACUGACAGGGAGGCCCGAGGCUCCGCUGGCGCUGACCCACAAGGACAUGUGCCUCGUCUUCUGUGCCUUCGCGUCCUGGGCAGUGAAGACCUCUGACCUGCAGGCUCCGGAUGCCUGGAAGACCAUGUUCCUGGCAAGUUUUGGCACACUUUCUGCCAUCCGCUACUUCAGAAGGCAGGUCAGAGAAGGACACCCCCGGACCUAGUCUCAGCGUGUGCUUCCCGAGGACAGGCGAGGACGGAGGAGGCAGAGGCCGGGGACUUUGUUCUUGGGCAGUGUGAGAAGCCUGGAUCCCAGCACCAAGACUUCUCUGGACCCAUCCCUAAAC